AUGUCCUCUCAUUCUCUCCUGCUGCUUCUGCUGGUUCUCGCCUGCCUUCAGUCCUUCACGAAGACCAACAAGGCACGUGGACCAGAUAAAUGCUGUUUCAGUUACCAGACACAUCGAAUCCCUGUAAGACUCAUUACAGAGUAUAAAGACAUAGACCGUCAGUGUACAAAACCUGGAGUCAUUUUUACCCUAAAGAACGGCCGUCUUGUGUGUGCAGACCCCGAUGUCGAGUGGGUGCAGAACAACAUGAAAAAAAUUGACCAGCGCCUGUAUUUUACAAAUGCACUUUUUAUAUAGCAGGACAGAAGGAAUAGAGCUUUUUACUAUAACUCAUAUUUAAACAUAAACUGAGCCUAUGUUUGACUUGUUUAACUGAUUUAUUCUAUAGACUGUGGACAUGAAUUCAUUUAUCUUUUCUGUAUAAAUUGCAUCUUAAAUUUCAGGGCUUUUUUAAAUUACAUUUUCCCAUUUUAAAAGAAAACAAUAUUGGUUGCAUUCAGACAUUUUAAAAUGUUUGUUACAUCUUUGAUGCCAGCAUUAAUAUAAACAUAUAUGGCUAAUACACACACACACAAUCCCCACCCCCCUUCGCACACACAAACACACAUUCCUGCUUUCCUGGAUAAAAUGACUUGGCAUUUGAUGGUUUUAUUAAAGAGAGAGAAAGAAAAUGAACAAAACAGAAGGGUGCAGUGUGUAAUCAGAAUGUAGAGUAAGAUUUCAUGAAAGAGUUUUGGCCACAGUUAGACAA